AUGACUACAAGAUCAGAUGAUUUCCAAGAAAUUGAAGAUGAAACAUUGUCUAGCUGGGAGGUUUUCGAUGCAGAUAAUUGUUCGAUUAUGCAUCGGUGUUCCAGCUUGGAUCCAUCGACUAUGGACGAGGCUACUCGAACAAAAAUGCAACUAUUGACAUCAAUCAAGAACGAGACUGGGUUAGACAGUCAAGACUAUAAAUGCUCCCGUUGCAACUCUUUUAUUGGAUUAAUUUUUGGAGGUUACAAUGUUUGUAAUUUCGACGGAUGUUAUUAUUGUUCUGGUUGCCACGAUAAUGGCAAAUUUCAUGUUAUACCGGCUCGUCUAAUACAUAAUUGGGAUUCAACCGAAUAUGCAGUUUGCCACGAAAAUAUGAAAUUUUUAGCAAUGAUAAAAUCAGAGCCAUUAUUCGAUAUUUCCAAGCUUAAUCCUUCAUUGUAUAAUACUGUCCCUGAAAUGGGUGAAGCCAAGAGACUUAGACUACAAAUGAACCAAAUUAAGAAAUACUUAUCUUGCUGUGAUGACAAUGAUGCUGUGGUAGCAAUUGAAAGGAAAAUCUUAUCAAGGCUUUAUCUAUGGGAAGAUGCUAGUGUUUAUUCACUUCAGGACUUGAUUGAGGUAUCAAACGGAAAAUUGAUAGAACAACUUAGAAGUGUGGUCCAAUUGGCGAUGCAACAUAUCAAAUCGUGUAAGCGGUGUUGGCAGAAAGGCUAUAUAUGUGAAUUAUGUAGAAGCGAAGAAGUAAUUUUUCCCUUUCAGUUAGAUUUAGCCAUCACGUGUCCUCUAUGUAACUCAGUGUAUCAUCAACAAUGCAAGAAAGGCAUCGCCUGUCGAAAAUGCAGUAGAAAGACAGCUAGGGCUUUGCAAGAAUUUCAAAUUUAA